GUUAGUCAAGAUGCAAUUAUUCAGUCAGCAACACACCUUCUGCAGUUGCUGACAUCAUCUCGCAGAACUACUGCUGUUAUGGAUCAGAAUACAAGAGACCAAAGCCAAGUUGCCCACAGCAGCAACAUAAUCAAUCCUGAAAGACCAUUGGUUCAACAAGAAAUGACCAGGUCCUUUCCUGGUAUUUUCUUAAGAGGGAGAGGAAAAAGACGUUUCCCUCCUACAUCUCUGAUGCCUGCCAAGAAGCCUAAACCUCUUGAAGUUGUAUUUUAUUUGCUACCAAAAGAAAUGGACAAGACUCCAAAAGAGCAUGAGAAAUACCUGCACACACAGGCAGGGAUGGGUCAAAGGACAGCAUACAUUGAUGAGAACACAACACACGAAGAGUUAAGUGAUGCCCUGAAUGUUUUGUUUCCAAAACUGAAAGAGGUUACAGGUGGCUGGUUGCUGUUCAAACCUGGAGGUGGAUGGGGAAGCAGAAAGCUUUCUCUGGUUCCUCCUGAUGAUAUUGGCUACACAGGGAAGAUACUGAAGGCUGCCAGUCGGGGGGGUAAAAAUCUAUUCAUUGCCCCUAUUCAAGAGGAACUAAGCAUCGAUCCUCUACCACUAAACGAUGAAUCCUUCAGUAGCAUGCCAAAAGCAAAAUGCCAGAAGUGUGGAUUGGGGAUUCCAUUGCAACUUCUUCCAGAGCAUGUAAAGUCUUGUCCUCCUAUGGAAACUGCCAGUGAAAGUAGCCUGGUUUGUUCUAAUGGUGAUGAAUCUACAGAGAAAGAAUCACCCAUGCAGCCAUGUCCUGUCUGCACAGUCAUGUAUCCUUCUGAUUUCAUUGCGAUGCAUGCCUCUUCAUGUGGAGAAAGUAGCACAAGUGAUGAAAACGGGCAUGAAGGUACUGUCAUUGAGGAAGGGCAAGCAGAUAUGCCAGGACCAUCUGGAACUUCUUGUGCAGUCAGGGAUGGCUGGUUAACUGUCUCAGACUCUUCAAAGGCCAUAUCGGAAUGUGCAAAGAAUGCUCUGCAUUUGCAUGAACUAGAGAACCCAUUAAUCCUCACAAUGGAUAUAAGACGAAGUGUGGCUGAACAGGACGUGGCCCUCAUCUCGUUCUACAAGAGACCCAAUGUUGAAUGGGCACGUCCUCUUGAGUGCAGGCUUGAAGGGGAUACUGCUAUUGGACAAGGAGUAGUACGCUUCUUCUUAUCAACGUGCAUGGAGAAGCUGGUGUCUGGGUUUUGCAUUAAUUUUGCAAACUCUUCUGUUACCCCAGUUUUUGAAGGAGAGCUGGGCCACUUAGUCCCACCAGCAUCUCAGUUUCUUGUGGACAGUGACAUGUUCCUUAUGGCCAGGAGAAUGGUAGGACACUCCUUUCUUCAUGGAGGACCGUGCCUAUCUGGACUUAGCCCAGCUGUUGUACAUGUCUUGCUCGGUGGAAGUCCUGAAACUGCCACAGUUACACUUCUGGACUGUCCAGACCUGGACAUCAGAGGGACAAUCCAGCUUCUUGAAGGGGAAACCAAGC